CUGGCAGACACUGUCGGCAUCGUCCUUUGCCUUUGGCUAAACAAACAAUGCCAACACUGAAGCUGUCACUGCCCAAAAGGGCAGGCAUUUCCUCAGCUGUUGUGCACUGCUCCCUGAUACUCAAUGGCUGCAGCGGUGGCUGGCCCUUCUCAUACUCGACCACAGUGUACGGACUUGUGGUAUGGAGUACCAAGAUUUCCACUGUUGCUGAACAUCGAACUUCCUCUUCCCGCUACUGCCGCUCAAAUGAGGUUCGGCAUAGCAGGUCACCUGGAUCACUGGGCAAGGCACUGAACAAUAGCUGCGAGUGCCUGGAGUCAAAGCCCCGGCGUGGAAGCGUGCCUUGCUCCUCGUCUCAUUGUACACGGAGGUAAACAGAAACUCAACCACGCAUUUCUGUAACAAGAAGCGGACAAACCCAACAUCGCCACCCCCGCGAGCAUCCAGAUCAGUGCUGCCACGACGGUAAAUGUACCGGUUGCAAGAGGCAGAAGGGGCCUCGCAGCAGGAGGGUCCGAUCUGUUCCAUAUCAGAUCCCUGAUAGACCUCUGUUCCAGCCCACUUUACUGCCUUUACCUCCAGAUGUCGUGGCUUGUUUGCCACACGUCGUUCUCCGGGCGUGCAGUGGUGUCUUCAGAGACACGCCAGCGUGCGGACGAGGCCAUAGGUAAUGUCGAUACAGAUUGUGUAAUUACGGGUUGGGUUGGUGUCAUUUAAAAAAAGGGCUCCAUUCCUCUCAUCAACACUGGCCGCUUGAUCGAGCACGCCAUCUCGACCGCCGCAUCAGCACUGUCUUGACUUCUAACAACUGGAUCUUGUCCACCAAUACCAGUGUUCAAUCUUCGCACCGAGCCAGCCGGCUUCUUCUUAUGGUACAAGAUUGCACUAGCCGGCUGGUUAUCGUGGUGGGGGAAAAAUAGCCACGAGGCUACCACGCACGCCAUCUCGGAAGAAGCGCAUCAAGGGUGUCUUGACCGAGACCUGUCUGGUCCGAGACCCUAGCAAUAAUGACCUCCAGGUCCAGGGGGCGAGACCGUUGCCCCAAAAAUUUUAUGGACAUACAUCGAGGGACGUGGAGGAUUUUUGAGAACCCCAUAAAGUCUCAGCUGCUCCCUGGCACAGGAGCUUUGUUGCCUCACUUCUUGGAAAGCGAGAAGUCUUGCAAACUGUAGGGGUCGUCGUCGACAACAUCAUCUUCAACUUAAUCCCGGACGUCCAACAAACCUGCUCUCAACCAUGUCGGCCGACCACACCCUCGACUCCAAAGCCGAGGAGGGCGGGAUCACCACGCAGCACACUGCCGUGUCGUCGUCGUCCUCGCUGACGGACCGAGAGGCGUUCCUUUCGUCCUUCAGUGCGGAGGAAGACAAGAAGAUUAUGCGCAAGGUCGACAAGCGGUUCCUCCUCCUCAUCGGCUUGAUGUACGUGCUGAAGAACGUCGACUACAUUAACGCGGCUACCGUCAAGGUUUUGCAAGUCAACCAACCGCGCAACGUCUUGAUCGAGUUGAACAUGACAGCGGAUCAAUACAAUUGGGUUCAAUCCAUUUAUUUUAUCGCCUACAUUGUGUUUGAAGUACCCUCGAAUCUCCUGCUGAAGAAGAUGAGUCCUCGAAACUGGCAGUCUCGAAUCAUUGCGUCGUGGGGACUGGUUCUCGCUUGCCACGCCGCGGUACGCAACAAGGAGGGUCUGUAUGCUUGUCGUUUCUUCCUUGGAAUGAUGGAAGCCGGUCUAUUUCCUGGGUUGGCAGCCCAGUUGUGUUCCUGGUACCGAAGUGACGAGAUGGGCAAGCCAAUCAUGUGGAUGUUUGGCUUCCAAAACUGCGCCGGUAUCAUUGGUUCUAUUGUCGCCUACGGAAUCUCGUACAUGAACGGCCUUGGAGGUCUCAGCGCAUGGCAGUGGGUCUACCUCCUCGAAGGUCUAUACACUAUCCUCUUUGCCGGCGUCGUGUAUCUCGUGCUCCCCGACUAUCCCAAGUCCAAACGGUCCGCGAAGUGGCUCACGCCACGAGAACAAGAGUACAUUGAACUUCGGCUGACGGACAAUGCUCCCCGGACGGACGACCCGGCCUUCAACCUGUCGGAGGUGAUUGCCUCCCUCAAAGAUCCUCGAACAUACUCGUUUUGCCUGGCGCAAAUCCUGAUGAACCUGGGCGGCUACGGUCUACAAUGGCAGCUGCCGACCGUCACCACCAACCUGGGCUUCGCAGGGCUGCCCCGAAACCAACUUCUCAACAUCCCCCCUGCGGCCGCCAGUGUUCUGGCAAUCAUCUUUGCCGGCUGGUUCCUCAAGCGAGCGUACUUGACCCGACCGGAAUUCAGCAUGUUCAUCUGCGCCGGGGCGUUUGCCUUCUUCCUGGUCCUCUGCGUCCAUGUCGGCAGAACGGCAACCUAUAUUGCAUGUAUCUUCGGCACCAUGUUCUACUCUGUCUACUUUAUUCCCUUCUGGGCUUGGCGAUCUGCCACUCUCAAGGGCACAACCGGCGCCGCGUUCACGUUGGCCUUUCAAUCUUGCAUUGGUCAGGUAGGCGGGGUCGUCGGGCCGCAACUGUUCCAGUCAAAAUACGCACACAACGGCUACAAGGUCUCGUUUGCCAUUUGUGCGGCCGCCAUCGGUCUUAGUUGGCUUGCAACCUGUUGGACCUGGUAUUUGACCAGGAAGAACGAGAACGACAUCCAGCGAGUCCGGAAGCUGCGCAUCAAGGCGGCCAAGGAAGGCGGCGUCUUUGCCGGCGAGGACGUCAAGUUGUGAUUUUGAUUUAAACCCAGCAAACCAAACAAAAAAGUCUUAUUGCUGUUAUGCUGAAGAAUGUGUUCGUUCCGGAUGGGAAAGAGGCAGCAGGCAGGGUUUGGUCGACCGGAUGCCACAAAAGCACGGCCCUAUAAAAAGUUAUACCCAGAUAGAGAGGAAAAGUUUCAACUCAGCCUGUGAACUGUGCUGAGUAUUCGUGAAUACUCCCAUGUUAGAUCUCCUCUAAUUAGGUCUUUAUCCCC